AUGUUUGAUCCCUGGACAAAAGUCCCAGUUCCAAUUGAUUCAUUUAUUGUCAGGACAAUGAUGAUUAUCACAGAAAACUCAAUUGGUGUCUAUUUAGGCCCGAAUGAAAGCCGAAAGAUUAUCCAGCUCAAGUUUCUUAACCUUUUUGUUUUGUCGAUUUGUUCUUCUUCAUUACUGGUGACAAGUGUUACUAUGGUUAUGGUUUUGGUAAGGGGGAAAGAAUCUUCCGUCCUGACCCUAAAGAGAGUGGUAAAGAAAAGAUGUGUUGAUUUGCUAAUUAUUCACACAAUCCUUAAGCAUAUGUACAAUCUCAAAGUAUAUAUUGCUAUGGGAGAUAAAUAA